AUGGCAUUUCCAAAUUCAAGUAUGAAAUUCUCAGGCCAUGGGAUGAAAGCAAAAAAAGAAGUAAUUCGUGGUGAAAUAUUUAAAGAUUCCCAACAAAUCAUGAGGUCAAAAAUCUUGAUGGAGGGGGGUAACGGUCAGCUCAUAAUCCCCAAGAAAACCCGAGAAGUUAAAGUUGCCACGCUCGUUCGUUUUUCCCUCGACUUUCUCGGUUUUCCAUUCUUUGAGCAACUUGUCCACCGUGUCGCCACUUGGGAGGUUUUCGAAAUCGUAGUCCGAUCAAGUUCUGAGCUGAUAUCGACCUCGGUCAUCCAAACCCGGAAACCAAAGGUCGCCAGCUUGUCAAUCGUGCCCCGGAUAAGUGCUGGGUUCGGGUCGGCCACGCAGCCUCUCCACGUAGCGAUCCACCGUACACCUGGCGUCGCAAGUCUCCAUCACACUGAACUCGUUCAUGAAAAGGCGGGCCCGUGGGCUGGCCUCCUGGGCCGCCCGGUAGAACUCCAGGCUGGCGUUCGGGCCCAGUCUCGGCCCGUAGAAAUCCCACGGCAGCAUCUCGUUGUCCACAUCCCAGCCCACGAACUCAUCCUCGUUUUUCGACAUCACGCUUUGUAUUCUCGAUUUGACGGCCGAUUUCUGCUCGUGUGGGCCCGUCAGGUUCUUGACCCAUGA